UGCCGGGUAGUCGAACAUUUUAAAUCCGAGGACUAUGUUAUCAGUCAUGGAUUUCCUUAAUCUCGUUAAUGCAUGUAGCUAGUUUACCAUUGGAGGAUGCCACUACAACUCGUUAUAUGUCAUUGGAUAUACAGCUAACGACUUACUGAACUAAUUAUUUAAACAAAGUUUCUUCAAAAAGCCUAACUAAUGAUUCAAACCGUCGCGGAAUGCUGGGUAUUCCUUUAGAAACUGAAAUUUUAAAAUCAGAUUGUAGUAGUUCUCUACUGUUAGUCUUUAAAUGAGUUCAGUUAGUCGAAGUCCUGUGCGAAACAAGAGGCAUUUCACUACUGGUCGACAAUCGCACGACAAUAUUUCCAUAUUUAGCCGAUCUCCUGGUGGGAUCCUUUUUUCAAGUGUAUCAGGUGACUUUCCUGAUGUCAACUCCACAGGUGGAUACUCUGGAAACGUUCCAGUAAAAUGUAUUCAAAAGGGGUGCAAAAGGAAUACCAACCCUGUUUCUCUGUUUAAUAGCCUUCUAGAUCCAAACAUUGAGUUACCAACGAUAAGUGUCCGCGAAGUUGAUGAAAUACUCAGCAAUUUGACUUCUCCAAACUCAUCUCCGACCAAAGCCGCUGGUGGUUUUUGCAGUACUACUACCCAAACCAAUUUCUGUGAUACACCUGACAAUCUGUGUCAGGACCCAAUUAGAUAUGUCAAGAACGGAUCCGUGAGUAAAAUACAUUCUCGUAAUGCAGAAAACUCUUUGCUGCAAUCAUUUGAGGCCAGUCUUUUCAAUGAGAGCGAGGCUAUAGAGCGCAAUGUAGCUGAUGGUUCAUAUAUGUGUAUCAAUGGUCCUAAGACGGACCAGGUACCUAUGUCACCGAAGGUAUGUCAUUCAUUGGUUAUAAAUGGUGCUGCGUCUUCUGAAACAAAGAGUUCGUUCGACCAUUUAAACACUCUUGAUAGCUCACUUUUACAAAAUCCUUGUCAUAUAUCACCCUCUAGACACCAGGACAUUGAUACUAAGAAACACAAAGAUCAGAUUCCUCAUAAAAAUCGUUACCCAAAAACCGUCUCACUGCAGUCAAUGGCCGACAUACUUCCUUUUUUUCCAUCAUGUCGAAGUGUGGCUGAAUUGGGCGCCUUAGCACUUGGGACGGAGUCCACUGAUUCAACAACUCACAAAAAUAAGUUUUCCAAUGCAACACUGCGCUCGAAGGCGUGCUCUGGUACGAACCUCUGCAAUGUGUCUACUAAAGCCUCUACAUCUAAUGCUCUCCGUGACCGCUCUCCAAUCGGGAGUCUCGAUCUGGCUACUCAUGCGAGAUACCGAAAUUCCUUGAACACUUCGAAUACUCAAGAGACAACCAGGUAUAGACAGGCCUAUCUGUCAGUAAGAAAAGCAAAUCAGGCCAAACUUUUGUCCAAAUCUACUACAAGCACGCUAGAAUCUCCCGUUUUUAAUGCCAAAAGUCAAGGAAGCACGGUCAAUGAUCAUGUUUCUCAUCAACAAUCAAAAAGUUCUCACCCUACUACUGGUGUGGAAAUGACGUCAACAAAUCGUUUUGGCUGUCCAAGCACUACUUCAGAUGACCGUUUCAAACAUAUUUGUCCUCAUCCAAGGUGUGGUCGUCGAUAUCAAGCUGAAAUUGGACUUCUUCGUCAUUUAGUUAAGUAUCAUGGUGAACAAAUUGAGUUGCCCCGAAGAACUCGCCCUGUGACCAAUUCGCAAAUGUUUAGACGUCCAGCAUCAGAGGAAAGGAUAAUAAAAUCCAUAGGAUUUGAUGAUGUUGAUGAAACGGAUAAAAAUAUCUCGAAACAAAGUUUAUCUAAGAAUAAUACGGUAUCAUUGUCGCACUCAAAGAGUUUAUUGGAGUCCAAUCAGGUUGAAAUGACUAAAAUAAACUUUAAUCCUUCGACUGCACCCUUCGAAACUACACAGAUAAACGAAUAUACUUCAUCCAAUGAGUUGUCAUGUGAUAAGCUAAAAGAAGUGACACCUAUAUUAGAUAAUGCGUUGCCUUUCGUCUGUUCAACCGCUUCUUCCAAUGAAGACAGAACAAAUGUCUCAGUCCCAUUGAUUGCUAUAUGCUCCAAUAAUUUCCCAAUGUCAGUAGAUAUGGACAAUCCUAAUUCAACAGAUCAUACUAUACAUUCAAUAACAUGUGAAACCAAACUUCCAACAGUCAUGAAACAAUCAAUAAAGAAACAGCCUAGAUUACGAUCAGUCAGUGGUGGUAGUAAUCAUAAUGAUUUAUCAAUGAUUAAACAUACAAUAAAUCCAAUAACUCCAUCUAACAUAACUAUGAUAAAUGAACAAAAAGUAUGUAAAAUAGAUAAUGGUCGACGACGUACAUUAAGUACUGGACAUGAUCCUCGACAAGUAUUCAAUAUGAAUAAUGAUAAUAAUAAUAAUAAAAAUCACAAUAAUGAUAAUUUAAAUAAUAAAUGUCCAAGUUGUGGACAUAUUGUUGAUUGGAAUUUAUGUAAAACUAAACAACGUGAAUGGAUAAGCGGUGUACAUGCAUUGAGUUGUUCAAAAACGGAUUGUGUUUGUUGCCCAGUUGAUAAUUGUACUUAUAUAUGUUCAGGUAGAGCUGAUUUAUCUGCUCAUUUAACAAGUAUUCAUUUUCCAGAAAUUCAACAUCAGCUUGUAAGGUUAAUUUUUGCCUGCCCACUUAAAGAUUGUCAGAUUAUUUGUUCUGAUGAAGCAUCAUUUCAAGCUCAUUUCAUUGGACAUCUUCAUGGUCAUCUUCCUGGUGAUUUAACUGAACUAUUCAAUCCAUCUUCUGUAAUAACAACAACAACAUCAAGAUUAUCACCCACAACCAUGACAAAAACAACACCAGUAGUUGUAACAUCAACACCUUUUGUACAGUCAUUAGUGGACAAUUAUAUUGACACAUCAUCUCAUUCAUUAUCAUCGAAUAUUUCGUAUCAACUAACAACUCAAUGUUUAACAGAUUGCAAUACUACUUCAACAUGUGACAGUUAUCAUGUUCCACCAAUUAAUACUCCACCUAGUUUAGUAGUUAAUGAAAAUAAUCUUUCAGAUAAAUCAUCCAAUUCAGAUAAUAUUCAUUCUGAAGUAACAUUAGUUACAGCUGCGGUUGCGAUACCAACGGCAAUAGAUCUGAUUCCUACUAAUCCUAUGUCAUCUUUUGAUAAUUCCACUGAAACUAUAUUGCCAAAUCAUCAUCAACAAUCUGUACCUAUUGUCUCUAUUCCACCAGAUUUGGAUGCUUUCAAUCAUUAUUGCCAUCAUCAACAUCAUCAUGAAAUACAACAGCAACCACAACAACAUUUCUCUGUACUUCCGAGUUCUCCACUAUUCUCCAAUGAUGAAGGUUCAAUGGUAACAUUAUCAGAAGCUCUUAAAUCAGAUCCUAAUGGUAAUGUGAAUGAUGCUUCAAAUAAUUUUCCAAAUAUUGUGACCAAUGAAACAGAUCAUGUAGAUUUGACAGAUAAUCGAAAUUUAUUAUCAGCUCUUGACUUGAUACCUGAUGAUAUAUUAAUUGAAUUGCUUAAAGAGGAUAGAGCAAGUCUAUGGGGUGAAUCUGUCACUAGUAUGAAUAAUAAUAAUAAUAUUACUAAUAAUAAUAAUGAUCAUGAAAGUAACGGUGCAUUGAAUUCAGCUCCUUAUGAAUGUAACACAGAAUCACCUUGUUUGAUUAUGGAUAAUAAUAAUAAUCAUAAUAACAAUAAUACUGAUAAUAAUAGUAAUGAUCAUUACAUAUCAAUGAAUAAUACUGUGAACAAUGACGAUGAAGAUUAUCUCAUUAAUUAUAAUCCAUGUGAUACAUCCAGUAUACAUGAUUCUAUUGAUGAUUGGAUUGAUUUCAAUGUUACUAAUUCUAUGUCACCAUUGAAUUCAUUAGAAAAUCUUCAUAAUGAUGAGAUAAAUAAUUCAAAUUUAUUAUUAACAUCAUCAAAUGAUAUCAGUAGUGAUGAUAAUAGUAAUAAUACUGAUAAUAAUAACAACAAUUGGAUUCCAUUAAAUCCUAUUCAUCAUACAUGGUCACCUGUAAUUGAGCAUGAAAAACUUUCACAUUCUAUUUACAAUGAUAAUAAUAUUCACUUAAUGAAUAAUUUUAAUCGAAAUCAUUUCAAUUGUUCACAUCAUAUUCUCUCUGAUUUAACGGCUGCACUAAUUCUACCCGAUAUUGAACGUCGUUUAAAAGAGUCGAUUUCUGCAACACGUACUAAUCCUACAACUAUGAUUAAUAAUAAUAUUAAUAAUAAUAAUAAUAAUAAAUCAAAUAUACCAUUAUCAUUAUCAUCAUCAUCAACAUCAACAGUUGGUUCAUCAAUUCUUCUUAGUUCACAAGCAUCAUCUCAGUCUACUUUUUAUGGCAGAAGAAGAACAACAACAACAACUAAUACUACCACUAAUAAUAAAACAACUCAUCAAUCAUGGUGUUCUGGUAAACGUCGACGACGUAAUGCUUCUGAAUCACCCCCAUUAUCUAGUUAUGAUAAUGUUAUCAAAUCAUCAUUAUCAUCAUCGGAUUGUUGGAAACAAACUAUGCAUAAUCAAGUUAUAUCACCUAAUUCAAUGAAGCGUCCAUAUAAUUCAAAAACUUUAAUAUCAGUCGGCAAUAAUAAUAACACAUCACAUUGCUUAAAAACAACAACAACUCAACUAGACCCGGCAACUUUGAAUUCGAAAGUCAGUAAUAAUGAUAAUAUAUGUUCAACGAUUGAACAACAACAACAAACUAUUGGACAAACUGUAGGCGGACACUAUGAACAGAAUGCCAAUCAUCAUGUUAUCAAGAUUAAUUUAACUGAAGGACAAAAACACGAACAAGAACAACAAUUAUUCAUGAAUUGUACUACUAAUCCAAUCAAUUUAUUCCCAACUAAACUACGUAUGCAACAUGAAUCAAGAAAACGUUUGAAAAAAAAUCAAAAAUCAUCUACAUUAACUUGUCGAAAUUUGUUCACACCUCCUUCUUAUUCCAUUGAUAAGUAUAUCAUACCUAGACCGGUUCUACCUAGACGUCAUUCAUUGUUGGCUUCAUCAUAUAAUCUAGUAGUUUCUGAUUAUGGUUUUACGCAUUUACCUCAUUGAUGACAAUGUUGGUGAUGAUAAUUUCAUUUAUAUGUUUAUCCUUAUUUGUUGUUUACUGCUUUACUCUAUUUGAUACCUCCUCCUCUUAAAAAGCCAUAUCUCUUCGUUAUUAUUAUUUUUUUUCAAUUUUUGGUUAAUUUUUUUAAAAACAAUUUUCUCAUUUGUGUUAUGAUAAAGGUUAUUAUUUAUGAUGAUUUGAUAUCAUUAUAUUUCUCUACUGAGUCUUUUUAACAUUAUCAUUCUCAUAUUCUUCAACUCGAUACACCUAGUUAAACUAAUUGGCACUUGGUCAACUUUCCUCUGUCUGUGUAGAGAAUUUUUAUCAUGACGUAUACGACCCUUCUUGCUUGUAAUUGAUUGUCAUUGUUGUUGUUGUUAUUAUUUAUAUCCUUCACUUUCUGAAAGACAGUUCAUGUAAUGUUUGUUUCUUAAAUAUCUGUACAUCACGUGUCAUUUCUUUCCAGAAGUUUAUGCUCAUUACUUUUGCCUACUUAUAAGUAGUUAAAAUAAUCCGUUUUCAUUUGUCAAGUCGUAUGAGAUUCAAUCAUAUCACUCACUAUAAAAAUGAUAGAAAUCAAUAACCACUGAACAGAUCUAUUAUUUUUCGAGGUCACAUUUCCAUCCAUCAUCAGUUCUAGGCAUGUUUACCUUUAAAAAUUUAUCCCAGUAUUUUUUCAUCCUUUUUAGAUUUUUUUUUAUGCGCCAUAUACGAUAUAUAUAUAGUUCUUCUCACUUUUUGUAAGCCUCCACUUUCUUAUUCAAAACGUGAAUUCAAUAAUUCGUACUGUAUUCAUCCUUUUUUUGAUUAGUUUUUAUUUUCUACUUAUAUUAAUUACCUUUCAUCACUAUAUAAAUAUAAGAUCUCGUGUUUGUUGUUUCACUUCUCUUGUUGUUUAUAUGAGAAUUUCAGUUUUUUGUGUUUUUCUUUUUCGUGGAUGGAUAACAUCAUUACAAAAUACUCAAUUUCUUGUUUGAUCUUUUAUUACCUAUAUAAUUGAUAUGAUAAUGUCAUUAGUUUAUUGGUUAUUAGCUAAACAUUUCAUCAAAAUACUCAUUCUCUUUAUUCUUUGAGUGGUUUAUUACUUUUUGUUAUUUUUAUUUGUUGCAUUUUCUUUCCGUGAACAAUAUAUAAUUUGUAUAUUAUUCCUAUUGCUUCUAUAUAACUAUUCUAUUGAUGAAUAGAUUCUUCUGCAUUCUUCAAUUAAUGGUCAUUUAAUAAAUAAAAGAUCGUGA